AUGUCGACACAAGACCAUGAAGUUAUAGACAUAGAAGAGCUCCCGGAAACCAACGUGUGUUGCAGCCCGGAUACGCUGAAAGAAGUAUGUCAUGGAGGAGGCCCAAUUACAACGUGUGCAAUAUCUCCACACGGACGGUGCUUGGCGACUUACAGCGCUGAAACAGAAUCGGUUGCUAUAUGGUCUAUUGAACAAGGGAAAGGCCACUUGGUUAAGCUAUUUGAGACAUCAGUGGAAGAUAAAAAAAAGAAAGUUACGAGUUUGGUUGUUUCAGACAAUCGAUGCUUUAUUUUUGAUAAUGCCCUUUAUCCAUGUAAACAAUCCGAAAAUGUAACGUUCGGAUCGCCGACGCAGCUCCCAAAUUAUUGUUUAAAGGCACGGUCUGCCGUUGUUAAAGCGUUUCUUUCCUGUGGCGAUCUUGCUGUCAUUGCGACGACAAGACGUGGAGAUAUUAGAUUGUAUCGCUUUGCGAGUUAUAGUAAUAAAUGGGAGAUAAAAGACGUAUGGACGCUCGACUGGUGUCACAGAACGCAACACAAGUGUGGCAAGGAUAUAUCACCCGAUCGAUUUAAAUAUUUUGUAGUUAAAGACAGAUUGGUCUGCCAGCUUGAUGGUCAUUUGGUUCAGUGGAAUAUUUAUCGCGCUAAAGUUGAAGUACAGCAUUUUUGUGACGAUGUUAUCGUGUCAGCUAUGGACAUUAUGGCAGACGUAAAGAAGGUUUUGUUUACCGUGGAUUCUGCCAACACAUUGUCUGCUUUAGUAACUGGAGAUUGUAACGCUCAAAAUCUGACCGUAUCUUGGAUCAAUACUGAAUUGCCUAUAGCCACAGUCUAUAUUAAACUGAGAGAGGAUGAGCUGGUCGUUGAUGUAAACUUUAUAGAACAAAAUGAUAGCAGAAUUCUCGUGACGAUUACAAACAUGGGAUCUGCUGUUCUGUGGAAUCCAUAUAAUUUGACAGGCGAGAAGGAGAAACAUGACGAUAAGGAUGCUGGCAAACCGUUGGAAAUAAUUGAUCUCAAUGAAUACGCUGUUGUAGAUUCUUGGAAACCAGGGACAACUUUUGUCCUUCACAGCUGCAUUAUGGUUGUACUUAACAACGGAAUACCUCAUACCAUACCGCUUAUUCAACAGAGUUUUGAAAAACACCAAAAAUCUUUACCUGCUUUUCCAACGUCUACUUUUAUACGGAUGCUCGUUACUAAAAACACAAGUUUCGCGGCUCGAGAAAAGAAAAGAGAGCUAGAGGGUUUGAGGGUGCGCUGGCAGCUUAAAAGGAAUUUUGAAAUUACCGUGUAUCGCGACAAGGCAGACAUAUUUCCAACAAAAGCGUGCCGUCUAUCGUAUUUCGGGUCAGUUAUUGGUUGUACAAUAUUAGGUAAUGAUGACCUGGCGGUCUUUUGUGACAAAGGAAUGUGCAUCUUUUAUGUAACAGAUGAUGGAAAUAUCGAAAUGAAGUAUUUCUGGGAUGACGACCUGAGAUUUUACAAGGGACGCAAGAUUGGCGCUGACGACUUUAUCAAAAUAGCCGAACGAAAGUUUAACACUAGUUAUGUAAGUUGGCCACCACCAAGUUUCAAGAGUAUUCUGUGGCAUAAACAGAGCACAUUUGAUACACAAGAUGCGGACUGUCACAGACUCUUCCACAAUCUAUAUCUAUCCAUGGCAAGCUCUUUAAAUAUUGUUUUGUACGGAAAGGAACUUUUGACUAGCAUGAUUGAUCAGGACGAUGAAUUCAUGGUAGAAGAAAUACUUCGUAUUUGUAUGGACAAGUUUAACACUUACUCGGUGUCACAUAUUGGAUACUUGGGGAUCUUGUGUUUAUCGCUUCCGCAGCUAUGUGAAAAGUUUUCCGAUCAGACAAUUAAUUCACUGCCAAAGUCCAUCAUGACAAUAUAUCCAAAUUGCAGAUUUGUCAACCGACUGCAUCUUAACCAAGAUCACUUGUAUGCAUUUAAUAACAAAUUUGGCUGCCAGAGUUCUUUGAGUCGUUCAGUUGAUUUACCAUUACGGUUGAAAUUGCUAAAGUAUGACGGAACGCUGAGAUCAGGAUUCAGACGCUUACGGAUAAAGAUUUUACAAGCAUUUUUCAGACUUUUAAUUUUUCUGAAUGCUGUAUUACAAUUUGGGUGCAUGCCAUUGUGUGCACUCUGGAGGUUCUUUUUCGUUCCAAAGAGAAGAUCAACUUUAACUUUAAUGCCACGGCCAGGAACUUUAUUAAACACACCACCAGGUCCAGAUAAUGAUGACCCAAAUAAUCCAUGGAGGCUGACUGAUGCAUUUGAUUCAGUAAAUAAUGAUGGAACAAUUUCAGAUAAAAAUGCAUUUGUUGGGGCACCUGAUCCCAACACAAAUUUAUUUAUGAGAUUUGAUACAGCUCUCUGGGCUGCAUACCUAAUUCUUACAGGAGAUACGGAUCCAAUUUCUGCUUGGAAUGUAUUGGAUAACCCUACGCUUGCAAUACUCCUAGUGACAUUUUCCUUUUUCACAGUUAUUUACCUUAUGAAUCUUUUUAUUGGGCUGCUGAGUAAUGCAAUUAACGAUUACAAUGAACGAGGAGCAUACUUGGCUCAAAAAGCUGAGGUACUAGCAGAAAUUGAGUUGUAUUACUUGUCUCCACAGCUAAGACGAGAUAAGGCUUGGUUUCCUGAUAUUAUAUAUUAUGAGGCCAGCGUCAAUGAACUACGACUGCUACUUGAAAAAAGUAUUAAAAAUAAGCCUAAAUUUUGGGAAAAGGCGCCAAAACACGCUAAACGGAUAGCAAAAAUUCUUAAUCUUUCAAUACCUGAUCACUAG